UUGAAACAUGUUAGUUAGUCUUAUCAAAAGAAAGGUUCAGUCGAUCGUCAUCAUUCCUAGUCACCAGGUUAUCAAUCACACAGAUUGGAAGAUAUUGGACUAACUUCCAUCGCCUCCACUGAUCAUGUCUAACGCGUUGGAUUUGAGCAACAUCGAUUUGAGUCUAGACGAGGUCGUGAAGAAAAAGAACGGCUCCAAGAAUCCCAGUCCCGGGCCCAGGAAACAUCGCUUUAAAGCUACGAAAUCGAUCAACGUCCCCGAGAAACGAUGGCGGUCGUUCCCGUCCCAGAGAAAACGUGAGACUUCCAAGGCUUGGGUCAAUACUCAUCCCCUCCGGAAUGUGGCCCCACCGCCCCCAAUCUCGUCCAACAAACUAUUGGUCUCCAACUUGGCCAUCACGGUAUCUGAGGAGGAUGUAAAGGAACUUUUCUCCGAGUUUGGAGAUCUGACUUCAGCCUCUCUUCACCACGAUCAAAUGGGCAAGUCCUUGGGCACGGCAGAGAUCGUUUUCAAGACCCCGACAGCGGCUCAAGCGGCCAUCAAUAAGUACCACGGGAUUCCAUUGGAUAAUCAAGUGAUGAAUAUUCAAUUUGCCGUCACGGAUCAUGCCCUUGCGGCUGCCCUAGCUCCGCCUCCUUUAUCCGCUCGUCUUGGACUCAGGAAUGGGGCAGGACUCAGCCCGAGAUCUGAAUUAUCGUGGAAAGCUCGAAUUGGAACUCAUCAUAAAAACAACUAUAAUAAUACUAGUCGAAAAGGUGGUCCAAGUAAGCAAGGGUUCGGAUCUGCGAAGGAACUGCCCACGGCGACGGAUUUGGACGCCGAAAUGGACGCCUAUAUGGCCGAGAUGCCCUCUCGUUUUUAAGGUCCUCCCAGAUAGCAUCGAGGCGUGGGUCUAAACUGUAUUACCGGGGUCUUUAGUGGAUUUAAGCAAGGAAUUUGCGAAAUAUAUCUAUGUAUGGUGAUCUGGAGCAAGGA